AUGUCUAAGCCAAAGGAGAUAGUAAACACAAAGGAACGGAGAAGAUCAAUCGCUCUCCUCACAAGGCCCCUUUCACAGUCACCUUAUACUCAAGGGAUCCCUUUGUCGCAAGAUGCUUCCCCACGAGGCUCUCAAAGCAGUUCAUAUGUGGCUAAUGCUCCAUUUAUGCGAGGGCCAAGCUCAUUAUCGAAUAGAGAUCAUAAUCUUAGAUCCCCUUCGGGGGUAGGGUUAGAUAAAUUAGAUGAGAACAAUGAUUCCACAAUAAUGGAUACUUCACCGUCUUCUGCCUCGGAUAUUACAUCACAACACCCACCUUCGGCCAUACCGUUGGAUCGGGGCGACUUGAACAAUGGUUUGGAUGAUCCAAAGUUAAUCUCAAAGAUUUCAAAACACUUGCCUAGUGAUUUUGAAAGCUUAAAUCAAGAAGGUGCUGACAUCACAAGGGACUUGUAUAAGAUCCAGCAAGAUGCGAUUGAAAAACCUAAAUUGAGAAGGCACAAGAGCUGUGAUAGUGCAACGAGUAGCCUUGGACUGUCUAGGUCUAGAGCAGGGUCGUUUAACGUGCCUGGUGGUUUCAGAAGAGAAUAUUUAAUUCACCAGCAUGAGUCUCAGCAACAGCAGCAGCAGCAGCAGCAACAACAACAGCAACAACAACAACAACAACAACAACAACAGCGCCUGCUGUCGCUGUCGCUGCACCCAAGGCUGAGAAGAACACUGAUGCUUAGUACCCAUCCUUCAGUCUUUAACAAUGGCGAUAACAUGGAUAAUAAUCUGAAACAUUUUGCAGAUGACUCGUUCCGUACAAUGACACCAAACUUUCUCACCAGAAAUUUCAUUGAGUUUUUAACCAUGUAUGGCCAUUUUGCUGGUGAAGAAUUGGAAGAUGAUGACAACAUCAUAAAUCAUUACAAGUUCAACCUCUCGGACGAGCAAACUCCUUUAUUGGCUUCUCGAGAACAAGGUGAAAUACCAAACUAUAAUCCCAAGGGCACUGCCACAGACAGAAAAGCUUAUUUCUUGCUUUUAAAGGCUUUUGUUGGGACUGGAGUACUUUUCCUCCCACGUGCAUUUGCCAAUGGUGGAUUGCUUUUUUCUAUUGGCACUCUUGUUGGCUUUGCCAUAUUGUCUUGGUGGUGUUACUUGAUAUUGGUGUAUAGCAAGAUCACUACAAGAGUUUCAGGGUUUGCAGAAAUCGGUUUGAAGUUGUAUGGGCCAUGGAUGCAAAAAUUGAUUCUUUCAUCAAUUGUUAUAUCACAGAUUGGUUUCGUUGCCGCGUAUAUUGUCUUUACUUCAGAAAAUCUUCGAGCAUUUAUUGUUAACGUUUCAAGUUUCAAGACCCUGGAGUUGAACAUUAUUUGGUUUAUUGGUUUUCAAGUAUUAUUAAUCACGCCAAUGAGUUUGGUUCGUGAUAUAACUAAACUUUCAAUUGUGGCUGUUCUUGCUAAUUUGUUUAUUUUAACUGGGUUGGCCACUAUACUUUACUUUAUAUUCUACGAAUGGCUCGUAUUGAACGAUAGCCAAUUUGGUCCCAAUGUUGAGUAUUUCUUUAACGAAUCGGAGUUUUCGUUAUUUAUUGGAACAGCUAUUUUUGCAUUUGAAGGUAUUGGUCUUAUUAUACCAAUUCAGGAGUCCAUGAUUCAUCCAUUAAAUUUCCCCAAGGUUCUUGCUCAAGUGAUAACAACAAUUGCCAUCACUUUUAUAGUGAUUGGUACUUUGGGUUACGUGACAUUUGGCGAGGAUGUCCAAACUGUUAUAUUGCUCAAUUUACCGCAAACUUCUCCGAUGGUUAUUCUUACACAAUUUCUUUACUCGCUUGCUAUACUUCUUCUGACUCCACUCCAAUUAUUUCCAGCGAUUAGAUUAAUCGAGUCAAAGAUUUUCAAUUUCAGAAGCGGUAAGCUCUCACUUGGUGUCAAAUGGUUAAAAAACUUAUUUAGAACAUUAUUUGUUUUGCUCACUGCGUACAUUGCAUUCAUUGGUGGUCAAAAUUUAGACAAAUUUGUCUCAUUUGUAGGCUGCUUUGCAUGCAUCCCCUUGGUGUACAUGUACCCACCAAUGCUUCAUUACAGAAGCUGUUGCAAAAUAACACCAAAUUUGACAGAAAAUGAAAAAAGGAGGAGAUACUGGUUGGGUAAUUUAGAUUUCCUCUUGGUGUUGAUUGGCGGUGUUGCAAUGAUUUAUACUACAGCACAAAUCGUAGCUACUUAG